UUGACUGUCCAAGAGGAAAAAGAGGUGAGGAAACCGAAGUAGCAAUUCCAGGAAGUCUCGCCCCCUGUUUCUAAUACUGUGCAUUGAAUAAAAAAAUAAAAAAAUAAAAAAAAGAAAAAAGAAAGAAAGAAGAAGAUUAGAGGAAUCUCCAAUGUUAAAAGGUAGAGAGAAAUAAAUCUUCAGACUCUCUUGUAAUUUUGACACUAACAACCCAAAAAUUUCUUAGUGUCUUGCAAUUUUGGACGAACAACGUCCCCGACUAUGGCUCCAACGACAAGCUCAAGUGUCUUUUCUCUUGGAUGGAGUUGGGAAGUCUUUUUGAGCUUUAGAGGUGAAGACACUCGCUACACUUUUACUGAUCAUCUUUAUUUCGCUUUGUGUCGGAAGGGCAUCCGCACCUUCAGAGACAAUGAAGGACUUCAUAGAGGAGAAGAGAUCGGGUCAUCACUCUUGAAGGCUAUUGAAGAAUCGAGGAUGUGUAUUGUGGUUUUUUCGAAAACCUAUGCUCACUCAAAAUGGUGCUUGGAUGAGCUGGCCAAGAUCAUGGAGUGCAAGACACAAAAGGGACAGAUAGUUGUGCCAGUUUUCUACCAUGUGGAACCAUCUGAUGUGCGAAAUCAGACGCGGAGUUUUGGAGAAGCAUUUGAUAAAUACCAGAAGGUCCCGGAGGAUAAGGUGAUGGGAUGGAAGGCGGCGUUAAGGGAAGCAGCCAAUUUGUCUGGAUACCAUGUGCAGGAUGGGUAUGAAUCACAGGCUAUUCAGAGAAUUGUUCAAGAUAUUUUAAAUAGGAAUCUUAAACUCUUACAUGUUGGUGAUAAGCUGAUUGGAAUGGAACGCCGUUUGAAGGAAAUGGCCUCUCUAAUACAUAUUGACUCAAAUGAUGUCCGCGUGAUUGGGAUAUGUGGAAUUGAUGGAAUAGGCAAGACAACUCUAGCCAAAGUUGUGUAUAACAAAAUUGUUCAUCAAUUCGAUGGUGCUAGCUUUCUUUUGAAUAUUAGUAGUCAAAACACGAAUUUGCUUCAGUUAAAAAAGCAACUUCUUAGAGAUAUUCUAGGGGAAGAUAUUCCAACCAUAAGCGACAAUUUUAAAGGGAGUUAUGAAAUAAGGCGUAUGUUUAUGUCUAAAAAGGUUCUUGUUGUUUUUGAUGAUGUUAAUUAUUCUGAUCAAUUGGAAUCCUUAGUUCAAAAUCGCAGUACAUUUGGUCCAGGUUGUAGAAUUAUUGUAACAUCUAGAGACAAACAUUUGCUUGCUAUGUUGAAAGUGGAUGCAUUAUAUGAGGCUAAGGAAUUAAAUUGUAAGGAAGCUAUUCAACUCUUUUCUUUGCAUGCGUUUCACAUGAAUAGUCCUCAAAAAGGUUUUAUAAACCUAUCGAGAUGCGUAGUAGAUUAUUGUAAGGGACUUCCAAUAGCUCUUGAAGUUCUAGGUUCUCUCUUGUUUGGUAAGGAAAUUUUAGAAUGGAAAAGUCUACUACAAAGGCUGGAGAAACGACCUAACAUGCAAAUCCAAAAUGUGCUUAUGAGAGGUUUUCAAACACUGGAUCAUUCUCACAAAGAUAUAUUCCUCGAUGUUGCAUGCUUCUUCAAAGGAGAGGACUUGGAUUUUGUUAAACGAAUACUUAAGUAUGCUCGCAUCGGAAUGCGAGUGCUUGAGGACAAAUCUCUCAUUAGUAUUUUUGACAAGAAGUUAUUGAUGCAUGAUUUGAUGCAAGAAGCUGGUUGGGAAAUUGUUCGGGAGCAAUAUCAUAAUGAACCUGGCAAAUGGAGCAGAUUGUGGGAUCCUGAAGAUGUUUAUCAUGUAUUGACAACAAAUACGGGGACAGAGAGAAUUGAAGGCAUAUUCCUAAACAUGUCUGUAUCAAAUGAAAUACAUCUUACCUCUGAUGCUUUCAAAAAGAUGACAAGACUUAGAUUGCUCCGAGUCUAUCAAAAUGCAGAAAAUAAUUCAAUAGUUUCUAACACCGUCCAUCUUCCUCGAGAUUUUAAAUUUCCUUCUCAGGAGUUGAGAUAUCUCCAUUGGGAUGGAUGGACUUUGGAGUCAUUGCCAUCAAAUUUUGAUGGUUGGAACUUGGUUGAACUCAGUUUGAAGCAUAGCAGCUUAAAACACCUCUGGAAAAAGCGUAAGCGUCUUCCAGAGUUAAAAGUCAUCAAUCUGGGUAACUCCCAACAGCUUAUGGAAUGUCCAAACUUGUCUUUUGCACCACGUGUGCAGCAGCUAAUUCUUGAUGGUUGUACGAGUUUGCCUGAGGUGCACCCAUCAGUUACAAAGCUGGAGACACUUAGGAUCUUGAAUUUGAAAAACUGCAAAAUGCUUCACUAUUUUCCAAGCAUCACUGGAUUGCGAUUUCUUAGAGUUCUUAACCUCUCUGGCUGCUCUAAACUUGACAAGUUUCCAGAGAUCCAAGGGUAUAUGGAAUAUUUGUUGGAGCUUAAUUUGGAAGGGACUGCUAUUGUAGAACUUCCCCCUUCAGUCGUGUUUCUCCCAAGACUUGUUUUAUUGGAUAUGCAAAACUGCAAAAACCUUAGGAUUCUUCCAAGCAACAUUUAUUCUUUGAAAUCCCUGGGAACUCUGGUGCUCUCUGGCUGUUCAGGUCUAGAGAGGUUUCCGGAAAUCAUGGAGGUUAUGGAAUGUUUACAAAAGCUUCUUUUAGAUGGAACAUCUAUAAAAGAGCUGCCCCCCUCAAUUGUUUAUCUAAAAGGCCUUCAGUCAUUGAGUCUGAGAAAAUGCAAAACCUCACAAGUCUUCCGAAUAGCAUUUGCAUGCAAAAGGCUUCAAGAAAUUUCCAAGCUCCCACCAAAUAUAAAAUUAUUAGAUGCUGGGGAUUGCAAAUCCCUUGAGUCUUUAUCAGUUCUAUCUCCACAGUCGCCACAGUACCUAUCGUCUUCCUCUUGCCUUCGUCCUGUAACUUUCAAACUGCCGAAUUGCUUCGCACUAGCUCAGGAUAAUGUGACAACUAUACUGGAGAAACUUCAUCAGAACUUUCUUCCAGAAAUUGAAUACAGUAUUGUUCUUCCUGGAAGUACAAUUCCAGAGUGGUUCCAGCAUCCAAGUAUCGGAUCCUCAGUAACAAUAGAUCUGCCUCCAAAUUGGCAUAACAAGGACUUCCUGGGUUUUGCUCUAUGCUCUGUGUUCUCACUUGAGGAGGAUGAAAUAAUUCAAGGCCCUGGUCUGAUUUGUUGUAAUUUUGAAUUUAAAGAAGGGCCUUAUUUGAGUAGCUCCAUCUCUUGGACACACAGCGGAGACAGAGUGGUUGAGACUGAUCACAUAUGGCUGGUGUAUCAACCUGGUGCUAAACUUAUGAUACCCAAGUCCAGUAGCCUCAAUAAAUUCAGGAAGAUUACAGCUUAUUUUAGUCUCUCUGGGGCAUCCCAUGUGGUGAAAAACUGUGGAAUCCAUCUUAUAUACGCCCGAGAUAAGAAAGUGAACCAACAAACAAGGUAUACUAGUGCCAAGAGAAGCAGUGAUGGAAGUGGUUAUUACUGUCUUGAGGAAACACAACCUAAGAGGCUAAGAGGAGGAGAGAUCUGUGAGGAAGGAUCCCAUGCUUAA